AUGUCAAGAUCAUCUACUAGUACCUGCCUUACAAAUCCAGCCAAGUACAAGCAGGCAAUGGCUGCCCUGGAGGCAGACAAGGACCUUAAUAAGAUAGGCAAUAUUAUAGAUAAGCAUGAGAGUAUACUAGGCAAGUAUACCAACCUGGUACAGGUACUAGUACUAAAGACCUGA